UGUAGUUAAAAAGAGUGAAAAAGCAGUGAAGGAGUACUGGAGCCCAGCAUCAGAAAAUAAAAUGAGUGGAAAUCCUCUUUGAACGAAAACGUUUGACUGCUACAGAUGCACCAUCAAGAUGAAAAAAACUCAUCUUAGAGCUCUACAGAAGAAACAGAGACAAUCCUCAAUCACGUUCAGCAUGGACCAGAGAAAAAGGAGAUAUCAGAGACUGUUGAAGAUGGACAGACACAUCUGCUGCUGGCUGACUGGCGACCUGUCAACAGGUAAUCCACCAUCCAAACCCAAUAAAAAGACCAUUAAGCAGCGGUUCCUCAAACUGCUGCCCUGCUGUCGCUCUGGCUCCAACCCUUCAAUUAAUCAAACAAGUGAGGUUGAUGAGGGUGAACGCUCAACAGUGCGUUACAGACCGGAGGGGCUCGACCGUCUCGUAGAACAAACCAACUUCAGCAAGAAAGAGCUGCAGAUCCUCUACCGGGGAUUCAAAAAUGAGUGUCCCACUGGUGCUGUGAAUGAAGAGACUUUUAAAGGCAUCUACUCCCAGUUCUUCCCUCAGGGAGAUUCAAAUAUGUAUGCACAUUUCCUGUUUGAAGCCUUUGACACGCACAACAAUGGAGCAGUCAGCUUUGAGGACUUUGUUAUAAGUCUGUCCAUCAUCUUGCGAGGCUCCAUCACUGAUAAACUCAACUGGGCCUUUAACCUGUAUGAUCUCAACAAAGAUGGCUGCAUCACCAGAGAGGAGAUGACAAACAUCAUGCACUCCAUCUAUGACAUGAUGGGGAAGUAUACUUACCCUUGCAUGAAGGAUAACGCUCCAAAGGAUCAUGUUGACAGCUUCUUCCAGAAAAUGGACAAGAACAAUGACGGGGUGGUCACCAUCGAGGAGUUUUUGGAGACAUGCCAAAAGGAUGAGAACAUAAUGCAGUCCAUGCACUUGUUUGACAAUGUGAUCUAAGGCUUGUUGGAGGCAGACAUGAGCUGUCCACCUACCUGGAGCUCCACUUCAGUACUUCUGCCCCCAGCCAGCGUGGGUGUGAUUUUUGGGCUUAAAACGGUGCAGGACAUAUACAACAACCACCAGAGUCAUCAGUUUUCCCACUGGAGUCCAGUCAGGGUGGAUUCUGUUGUUUUAAGAUCUUGUAUCAUGAUUGAAUGAUCUCAUACACUAUUUGAACGAGUGUAUUUAAGGCUGCGCAAAGGCAGCUCAAUAACAGUAAGCAUCAAUGAACAGAUGCCUAAAAAACACAGCAGAUAUGCACAAUAAGCAACUGCAACUUCAUCCCAUGACUUCUGCACCCACACAAAUAAUUAUUAACUUUUAAAAUACAUUUUCUCAAUAGCAUGUAUCACACACAUGAGAGAGAGAGACUGAAUGUAGAGACACAUGCUUUCUAUACUCACAGUCACACUACAACGAGGGACGGCUCUAACAAAGGGAUGAAGUCUGAAAUCAAGCAAUAAUCUUAUAAUAACGUCAUAUCAAAUCUUCUCUGUCCUCAGUGUCCUCACAUUUUAUUAUAGUGUAUUGUGUCUGCAUGAUGUGUGUGUUUUGACUGGCCAUUGAAAUGUUUAAUUAAAGUGUUAAUAUAUUUUCUAUAUGGACAUGGAAACAAUGAUGAUGACUGAAUAAAACCACACAGUUGCUAUGCAAAAGCUUAUCAUCAUUUUCUCCUCAAAUUAAAAUGCACUAUUUAAAUGCAAAUGGAUGUAAUGAUGGCUCAGUUCGAUUUCAGUGCCCACACAGAAGGAAAACAUGGGCAUAACAUCUAUGAUGACACUCACACUGUAGAGUUUCAUUGUUAUCUUAGCAGCUAAUGAAGCCACAAAACUGAA